CACGGUGCACAGACUAAUUUCAAUAUAGUAAAUCCACGCAAACAGUGUACGUUCCUCGGAGAAGUGGGUGUAACUGCGAUUUUUCCACUUCAUUUUUCACAGUUUUCUGGUCGGAAAAUGGCUAUGGAUUUCAUCAGUACACCUGACACCAGGUUUUUGGCGGACAAUCUCCUGUCAUCGGAAGAUUGGGCGGAUGACUUCUCACAUUUCCAUGACAACGGGCUGGGUAAUGGCUUUUCGGAUGCUGAUGACCUCAUGCGGGAUUUCACAUCAUUCGAGACAAACCCGAUUAGCAACGAUAAUACUGGCCAUGGCAUGCUGGACGAGUCUUGUUUGUCCGAUUUUACCUGGAUGAAGGAAGACGAACAUAACCCAUGCACCAUUGAAGGUAUUAUCAUCAAGUCGGAGCCUUUGUCUCCACCCCCGUCAUCUUCUUCGUCCGACGCCUCUGGGGAUUCCUUUCCUCCAGUCACGAAUUUUCACAACCCCCUCCUCCAAGUCAAACUGGAGUCCCCGCCCCUGACCCCACCCAGAGAUAACGCCGACAUCCAGCAUUUCCCACUGAGCAAUGGGAGCGUCAAGGCGGUACCCCGCAUCGCACCCAAGGUUGCCCCCAAGGUUGCAUCCCAGCAGCAGCAGGGAUCCACAACCAAGCCACUAGCUGUCGGUCAGCCCAUCGUGCUUACCCAGGCGGAUGUAGCCCGGUUGACCGCCCAGGGCGUGAUCAAGUGUCAGCCGCCUCCGGCCAAACAGGCCAAAGUGGCCCACAACCACACAGUGGCCAGCAUUCCUGUCGCGGCCAAACCGGACGACCACCAGCAAGUACCGCCCAACAUUGACGUCCGAGCAUGGAAGAGGCAGCAACGAAUGAUCAAGAACAGAGAAUCAGCUUGUUUAUCUCGAAAGAAGAAAAAAGAGUACUUACAAGGUCUUGAAGGUAAGAUGGAAUCUAUUGAUCAAGAGAACACCAGACUCCAUGAGGAGAAUUGCUUACUCAGGAAGAGGGUAGAGGAAUUAACCAUUGAGAACAAUCGACUGAGGAAGUUGCAAUCAUUACUGCCAUCAUCAAACAAGACCGCCACUUGUCUUUUAGCCGUCUUGCUGCUACUGGGCUUCAAUCUUGCCCCAUUCAGCAUUUUUAGCUCAGAAGGAGGUGAUUAUGCAACCACUCACCACGGGGGAAGAGCACUGUUAGGCUACACGGAAAACCCCCAGACACUCAGCCAAUUGCAAGAUAGCGACCUGCAGCAGCACACUGACUAUGGCCGGAUUGAAGCCGCCAUGCACAACGCGACCGACGGGAACGGCGCCCCCAGGAAUCCGCUGAGCCGCAAGGAGCUGAUGGUCAUCCGAGACAUGGCCGACUACAUGCUGUCUAAGGAGGAGCAGCCGUCUUGCCCCCAGCUCAACAUGACCGAAUCGCACAGACUUGCCGACGUUCUGAUGGGCUGGGCGCAAAAACACCAGGACGAGCAGAGGAAACACAACCAAGAACAGAAGAUCAAAGAAAAGAAGAGGAAAACGCCUAAGAAGAAACCGGCAAAGCGUAACCCCUUCCGUAGGAGGGAUCCCCAGCCGAUAUUUGUCGACCCGGACGAGACAGGUCUGCAAGUCUACGACAGUCUCUUCCAGCGCACUUACGACAAUCUCUUGGAUUCGCUGGAGAGGCGGGACGACACCUUCUAUGUCGUGUCCUUCAGGAGGGAUCACACAUUGCUGCCGGCCACAGCUCAUAACAACACCAAGAGGCCCAGAAUGUCCCUGGUCAUGCCUUCAGUUGGAGUCAACGAAUCCUCGCUGAAUAAGCCCAGGGACCACAUCUCCAUGAUGCAGAUCGACUGUGAGGUCAUGAACACCAAAAUGGUCUACCUGAAGGAGAGCCACAUCCCCAGCACUAGGAACACGACCGUGACCAACCACACGGGGACAAAACCAUCGACACACGGUGACACACACAGGGUGACAGUACCCACGUCAGAGGGGACGAAAAAGUUUUACCACCCGAAAAACAUUCCUGUACAAGUGCCUGUGUCCUGAUCUUGGUCACACCAAAAAAGAAAAAAGAUUGUGGUGCAAUAUUCGGAGAUCAAAUUAGGUUUUUCCCUUCACCGACGUUUUCAAACACUGUAUACUCAGUGUGUUACCUCCCGAGUGAAAGGUGGAAAAAUCACUCGGGUGGGACUCGAACCCACGACCUCCUGCUUUCUAGUGCAGAUGUCUUACCACUCGACCACCGAGCUAACGGGAUCGGUUGGCCGGUUUCUUUUCUUAAUAAUAUCCGGAGAGGAAAAAAAGUGAAAACAACGGGUGAUGUUAUAAAAAAGAGGCAAACAGACCAGCCCAUGUUGGUAGUGACAAACACCUUGAUAAAUAAUGCGGUACUGCAGAAACCAGUUGUAACUUCAUUUAAUAUGUGGAAUAGGUAAUUUAUUAUCUCUGAACCGUUGUGGAAUUCCAGUUUGUAAAUAUAGACAAUUCUUUGGAAAAGAUGACAUCUAUUCAUUCAGAAAGAUGUAGAAGUACUGGAAAUUAGCUCUUACAGUUUUCACCUGAUCUACAGGGUGAGUAAAAAAAAAA